AUGCGCCUGCCGCUGCGGAGCGCCGCCACCGGGCUGGAGGCUGGGCGGCUGGAGCGUCUGCUGCCGCUGCUGGGCCGCCUGCACGAGACGCAGCCCGGGGACCCGCGCCACCCGGACCCCCGCCUGCGGGAGCUGCACGGCGCGCUCGAGCUGGCCGCACAGCGAGACACGCCCGCUGCUGGCGAAGCGCCCUACCACGUCACACGCCUCAUGCGUCAGUUGACGCCGAAGUGCGAGCAGAUGAUGGUGCGCUGCAGCUGGCUGGGCCACACGCGGCCCUGCGGGGAGCUGUUCAAGCUGCGCAAGACGUGCGACGGCUACUGCUGCAUCUUCAACUACCGGCGCACGAGGGAUCACCUCGGGAAGGGGUCAGCGCGGAUACGAAAGGUACUACGUGUGAACGCAACGGGGCCUUACAUGGGUCUCACGGUGCUGGUCGACACCAUGACGCACGAUUACGUAUACCCACUCAUCGCCUCCCGUGGGCUCAAGCUGCUGCUGUUCAAGCCCGGCGACUUCGCGGACGCGUCGAGCGGCGGCCUGGUGGAGAAGCUGCUGGGGCCGCGCCGCGAGUUCUUCAUCCGGCUGUCCGCGCAGACCGUGGCCGCCACGGGCGAGGUGCGCUCCUUCAGCCCUCAGAAGCGCCGCUGCCUCUUCGAGGACGAGCUGCAGGAGCGCCUGGGCAUGGACUACUCGCAGAGCGACUGCUUCGUCAGCUGCCGCAUCAGGUCCAUCACUACGCUGUGCCGCUGUCGGCCGUUCUACUUGCCGUACACAGGGGAAACACGUGUGUGCAACUUGCAAGAUAUCGACUGCCUCACGAAAUACGAAGAGAAGUGGGCAACGCCGCGGCCGCCGGACGGCGUCCCCGGGCUGGAGCUGGAGCGCGAGGAGUCCAUCGAGUGCCCAGAGUGCCUGCCCUCGUGCAGCGACGUCCACUACACCAUCAGGGCCAACUCCGCGCCCUUCGCGCCACCCAACGGGCUCGACACUUCACACCCACUCCUCGACGGCGUGGAACUGGGCAACCACAGCAUCGUCAACUUGUAUUUCGAACGCGCCGACUCCGUCCUUCUGCGUCAAGAUGUCCUGUACUACUGGUACGACCUACUGAGUAACUUUGGCGGCGUGUGCGGGCUGUUCGUGGGGGCGAGCCUGGUGAGCAGCGUGGAGCUGGUGUACUUCGCGACUGUCCGUCUGGGCCAAGCGUUGAUGGGCGGCCAGAGGGACAGCGCAGCUGAAGCGCCGCUUCGUCAGCCGCAGCCGCGCAGCGUCUUACCAGCUGACACCGUGAGAUGGCAGCAGGCGCGCCGAAGCGGCCGUGGACGCCUCUACUGGCGCGAGUUCAAACCAUCCUGA